UGAGCUUCUCAGUUUUGCUGUAAAGAUGCGAGUUAUUAUUAAACCUGUAGCGGAAGCAGCGCAUUGCUAGCGCGAUCACACACGAUCUGUUACUUUUCUCAGCGCUUCUCAGGAUUAACCAAUCACAUUCGGUUGUGAUUGCUAGCUACUUUAUAUAAUACAUUUGUAGCAAUUUCAAGAGCGAAUCUGUAUCAUUUAUACCAAUCUUUUGAAUCUAGGGAUAUAACUAAUGGUUUUAGGGUACACAUUUCUCCAGUGAGACAGAAGACGCGUUGAGGUGCGCCUGUGUCGCAGUGGGGGAUUGUGUUUUUGAGCCUCCCCGCGCCUCCUGGUGGCAGACAGGCGUGUGAUUCCUGUGAAAACUCCAGUGAUGUGGUCACAGACACGCGUCAGCUCGUACGUCACUCACGACACGCGGAUCUUCGGUCUCGCAUCUUCUCUCCGGGACAGUCUGCCGGUGUGAGGAGGACGCGCCCUCGGCUCCAGAACGAGCAGCUCCGUGAAGCGCCGAGGUUCUUUAUGUCAGGGUUCUGAGCGAAUAGCUGUCAAGUUCUGAGCCUACAGUCAUCUGAGUUGCCGGUGUUGAAGAAUAUGCAUCAUUAAAUGCAAAGUAAAUUGCCUCUGGGCAGUGCCUCUUGCAGAAUGAUGUUUUUACUUCAUCCAGUCAUGCGCCAUUGGAAAUGAAAGACUUUAUAAUGUCACCUGUCUUCUUUAUGAAUCCAUUCCACCUCAUGCUCUGGAGACUUUGACCCUAAAAGUGCCAGAGAUAGCUGCCUUUUGGGGUGUCCACUUUCCUUUCCCAAUUGAUUUAUUUUCUUCCUAAAAACAAACCACUUUUUCAUUUUGUAAAAAUGGGCCCUUUUAUGUCUCCGUUCAAUAAUCUGCUGUGCAUGCUGUUGGGCAUCUCUUUCACUGUCUGGUUCACACUGCUCUUGGUCUUCAUCAUCGUUCCUGCCAUUUUCGGUCUGUCCUUUGGUAUCCGCAGCCUCUACAUGAAGACGCUGCUCAAGGUGUUUAAGUGGGCCACAGUGAGAAUGGAAAGAGGAGCCAAGGAGAAGAACCAUCUUCUGUACAAGCCUUACAGUCUUAAUGGCAUUAUUGCUAAAGAAAUUACAUCGCUGGAAGAGGAGCUCAAAGAGAUUCGGCGAAACGGCAGCAGCCGAGAGUUGGAUGGCUCCGCCUCCACCACCACAGGCCCCUCCCCUUCCUCAUCAGAGUUUGAAAUGUCUGACACCUUCUAUUUCUGCCGCCGUGGGAUUGAAUGCAUCGUAGACGACGAGGUUACCAAAUGUUUCACGGCAGAGGAACUUGAGUCCUGGAACUUGCUGACCAGGAGCAACUAUAACUUCCAACACAUUAGCUCCAGACUGACCGUGCUGUGGGGUCUCGGCGUUGUCAUCCGCUAUGGGUUCCUGCUGCCCCUCAGGUUAACAUUAGCAAUCACAGGAGUGAGCCUAUUGGUUGUCUUCACCACCAUGAUUGGUUUUCUGCCCAAUGAGAGGGUGAAAAAUUUUCUCAGUGAGAAAGUACACCUGAUGUGUUACCGUAUCUGUGUGAGAGCACUGACUGCUAUCAUCACAUACCAUCACAGUGAAAAUAAACCCAAGAAUGGAGGCAUCUGUGUCGCCAACCACACAUCACCCAUUGACGUCAUUAUACUGGCCAGUGACGGAUGCUAUGCAAUGGUGGGUCAGAUCCAUGGGGGCCUGAUGGGGCUCAUUCAGAAGUCUAUGGUGAAAGCUUGUCCACACAUUUGGUUCGAGCGCUCAGAAGUCAAAGAUCGCCAUCUAGUGGCUAAAAGGUUGAGCGAUCACGUAAAAGACAAAAGCAAACUGCCCAUCCUUAUAUUCCCCGAAGGUACCUGCAUUAAUAAUACAUCGGUCAUGAUGUUCAAAAAAGGAAGCUUUGAAAUUGGCUCAACUGUCUACCCCGUCGCCAUAAAGUAUGACCCUCGGUUCGGGGACGCCUUCUGGAACAGCAGUAAGUUUGGGAUGGUGAAUUAUCUGCUCAGGAUGAUGAGUAGCUGGGCCAUCGUCUGCAGCGUGUGGUACCUACCUCCGAUGAGCCGUCAGGAAGGUGAGGAUGCAAUGCAGUUUGCUAACAGAGUAAAGGCAGCCAUUGCCAGACAGGGUGGUCUGGUGGACCUGCUGUGGGACGGUGGGUUGAAACGAGGAAAAGUGAAAGACACUUUCAAAGAGGAGCAACAAAAACUCUACAGCAAGAUUUUGGUUGGAACGCAAGAGGACCGCAGUCGUUCUUGAGGAGAGGAAGAUGAAUCAGGUGAGGACCUGGAGGCCAAGAGACAGUUCUGACACCUGGACAACGACGUUAUGCUUUUGUUUUACGUCACAUAGUAAGAACUGUCCUUGUUUAAUUGUUCAUCAAAGGACCAAAGCGUGUCCAGUGUUCGGUCAGAUCGUGAUCAAAACACCAUGAGACGUGUUUUGAUGCGUAAUGUUCCUUUGACCGAAGUCAAUGUAGCGUGAUUCAGUCUGUAGUGGCCGAGUUACCCAAGAGGAGUCAUAAGGAUGCAAUACAGCAGUUUAAUGGUUUCUUUCUCUUUAUUUUUUUAUUUGUUAUGGUUUCUUUUUCUUUUAUUAUCAUUUGCUCUUAACGUGUCAUUAGGACGCAGUAAACUAUUAAAUCUGAUGGCCAUGUAUGGUUGACGGAAACGCUUCAUCAGGCUCUACAUAGGUGUCCGAAAGCAUUUCCAUCUCUCUGCUAUACUUCUGCUGCGUGAAUCACUGUAAUCCUGGAUUUUACCAGGAGAAAACAGCAGAAAUAUGCAUGGAAACUUGCAGUUUAUUUUGAGGACAUCAAGCUUAUCCUGACCUUUGCAGAUGAAUAAUCUGCAUUAGCUUUUCAAAAUACCUCUGGAUAAACAAUCAAACCUGUGUGAAGGGUUUGAGAAGAAUUUGUUAUUGUUAUGUUUUUGUUUAGUUUUUCGUCCUUGUGUGAAAGAUCCAGAACUCUUUUCCAUUUCCAUUUCCAUCUGGGAGUCAAAUCAUACGAGUCUUAAUGACAUUGGCCAAGUGAUGGCCAAUUGAAAACUCUAUGAAGUGUUGUUCAGGUACUGCACACAUUCAAAUUAAAACCAUUACUUGUGAUGUUUAAACAACACUAUGCAGCAUGUACUGUACAUAUGCAACCAGUGUUUCCUACAGGAUAUUUGUUUUUUAGAUCAACCACCCUAAAACUUGUUAAACAAUAACCCAUUUUUCAACACAUCAGUAAAAUUCUAUUAUUAUUUAAAAAUAAAAUACAUUUUAUCACAACAAAACUCAAGUUCUGUUGCAAAUUUAAAAACUGCACACAACACCGUUAUCAGUUCUGGGCUCAUUUUGAGUUCAAUGAUAAUAUGAUCCAAUUAAAUAAGCGAUUCAGACCAAUGCAAAUAGGCUGAAUGAGCAUGAAAAUUCACUCUCUGAUAGUACGUGCCAUAUUUUACAUGUAAAAUGUAAAUUGCAUUGAUGACAUGCUUAUGUCUGAACAGAUGCAUCAAUUGCCAUUUAUUCAAAUUAAAAUAUUUCUCGCUCUGAAUUUUUACACAGAGCAUUAGUCUUAAACAGGGUGUCAGACCUCAAACUAAAAAAUGCCACGUCAUUGCAAAUAAAGCAUUAGCGCCACAAUGUCCUGAAUAUCAGUGCAGGAAACACUGUAUGCAACUAACUAGCUCUAAAACUAAAACACUACGGGCUCAUAAUGAAGCAGAAUCAAAACAUUCGGUAAACAGAAAAGCUGUCUGAAAUCGUAUAUUCUCUGAAUAGGUGCUUCUUUUGAAUAAGUAAUUAAUUUGUGACCGCUAAAAUGUGUUUUAUAUAGUAUGAAUGAAAUCCAGAUGUACUACAUAUGUCAUGUUGUCAUUUGUCAUUUGUACGUCUGUUGCCUUACUGUUGUUCACAAAUCCUCUCCCAUGGCAUUAUCUGGAUACUUUUCAAGCUGUGUAAUUCUUAAAGGGAUAGUUCACCCAAAAAUGAAAAUUCUGUCAUUAAUUAUUCACCCUCAUAUCCAGUGUUGGGCACGUUACUUUAAAAAAGUAAUUAGUUAUAGUUACUAGUUACUUCUCACAAAUAGUAACUGAGUAAGUAACUCAGUUACAUCAUUAUAAAAGUAACUAAUUACCAGGAAAAGUAACUAUUGUGUUACUUUAAAAAAAAAAAAAGUUCAAAUAUGUCAAAUAACUUGGAUACCCCCAAUAUUAAAUAUGUAAAAUGAAGGAAAUGGACACUAAAUAGAAUGAAUUAUUAUUAUAAUACAUUGUACACUAAUCUACACUAUUUUAAUGUUACUGUGGGACAAUGUGAGAGACACCUAUCAAAUUGCAAGGGGAAUAAGUCUAGAUAUUUAUACUGUAGAUGCUGCUAUAUUAACUAUAGGCUGUUAUAUGUACACUGGAAAAAUAAAAAAGCUUUCAUGGGCAGCCUAGAAUAUCAUGCACUUUCACAACAAAAUAAGCUUUUUUUGUUUAUUAACAAUAUUGUUAAUUAAUUAUUAACAAUAAAAAAAAAAACCUCUUUUGUUCUCUUUCUCUGGACCAUUGUUUCUACACUGGUGAUUUUUUUUCAACUAACUUUAUUUAUACCAAACAAGGCCAUAAUCUAGAACAUUAGGGAGACUAUUGUUUUGAGGAAAAUAUUAAGACCAGACCACUAUGGUAAUGGUAAAGCAACUAAAUAAAUAAUACGAUUUUUUGUAAAGUAAUCAAUCUGAACUGCAAAUAAUAUUUUUAUAUUAAAAUAUGGACCCAUUCAAUUUUAGUUGUAUUCCUAAUAUGUUGAAAACGCAAGUCAGAAAAAUUCUAUUGUCAUCGCAAUAAUUAUGAAUUACACGAAUCACGUAAAAUAACAGCCCAACUUUCAAUUCACAACGGUCACAAUUUAAAAGAUCGAAUAGUUUGCAUCACUGGAUAUUACAGUGGAGCCGACUGUUGCUAUAGUAAGCUAGCUGGAGGCAAAACAAAGGAAAACUGGAGGAGGCUACAUAAGGAGCUUAAAAUAUCAUCUUGUUGUGAUCAGGGCUGUACACAGGUUUUUAUAAAUACCGAGGUCCCAAAAUGGAGAUUGGUAUGGGGGUUCGGGGGCAUGCUCCCUCGAGAAAAUAUUCCUGACCUACAUGUGCGCAUUUUAAGAUGUUUUAAGGCUCAUAAAUUAGAUAAUAAUAUAGGUUUAAAACCAAGUCAGUGGGCAGUAGUAGCAUAAAUAAUUUUUCAAGAUUUAUCAACAGAUUAUUAAGCAUGAAAAUCAGAUUAAAUGUUGCAAUGAAUGAUCCACAAACUGGAAAUAGAGAAGAGAUAGUUUGUUUGUUUAUGAAUUUAAUAAACUCAGUUAUAAUUAUCCUGGUAGGCUUCAGUAAAAUCAGGUGUCUAAAAUGAAUUUAAACUGAUUUUUACAUUUUAUGGGCAUUUUUACCUUUAUAUAAAGCCUUUUUUUUUUCUAAAAGUUUCCAUUAUCUUUUGAGUCAAAUUCUUACAUUUAAUCAGUUUAGAAUAAGAAUAAGACAUUCUGGCUGAUACCAAGCAAGUGAAAUCAACACAAUCAUUGUCAUCUGAAGUGACAUUUAGACGUAUUUACACAGUGUUUAAUGCAGGACAUAAAUGCAUUUAACCUGCAAUUACAAAUGCAUAAAAAAUGUUUUGAUAUAUUGAUAUUUGAAAUGAUUUAAAACUUUAGAGAAAGUCGAAAUGUGAAAUUAAACCCGCCAGUAGGUGGCAGCAAGUCAUGUUAAUAAGUGAGUCAUUGCGAUUGAACCGAAUCAUUUAAACAGUAAAUUCAUUCAGGAACAAAACACCGUCAUGUUGCUCAGAGACGCAAAACAGUGCUGUGGCUGUGUUUGGAAUGAAUUAUUUUGUCGAAACAGAGCAAAAACAGGCAAUAUAGUGUCUAAAACAUAAGUCUCUUAAUUAACUUAUUGUUUAUUGAGCUGUUGUAAAAAAUCUAUAUCACAUUUGUAAUCAUGGUAAUUUUUGGAGAAAAAUGGCACUCUUCGUAUGAAAUUGAUUAACUAUAUGAAGUGGUGUAAAUAUACAUUUUCUGCCCCCAUGUCUUUAAUUUGUGAUCAUUCUAAAUGCCUUUUAAUAGACUGAGUCAUGCAGAGAAAGAACGCACUCUAAAUGCGCACACUAGUGUAGACUUUACGUAACGUACCCGUGCACUCUAGGGGUAGUUUUGAAUGGUUUUUGCAAAAUACUCGAUAAUGUCAAAUCGCACAUCGUUAAAACAACAAUUAAGAUAUUAGGCAUCUCUGAUGAGAAGAUCUGUUAUCUUGGCUUUUUAUCCUUGCAGCACCAAAGCAUAAUAUAAGGUAAUUUUACAACUUCUGUUACUGGAAAAAUACCGAGGUCCGGACCUCGGGGACCUCAAUGGUGGGUACGGCCCUGGUUGUGAUGUUGGGUGCCAGAAUCGACAUAGUACAGGCUCCAAUUUGAAAUUUUAUCGCAUACCUGCUGCCCAAAAACCGAAAACAGCUGCGGUUAAACACGAUAAAACGAGCGGACUGGACAGAAACGAUCGGCAAAAAUGCUCGCGUUUGCAGCGCACACUUCUUAUCAGAAAAGGUUUAAUAAACUAUUGUCUUUUGUUGUUAUGGAUUAUGGUUUGUGUUACGUGUCUGAAGAUUUCUUAUGCAUCUCACGACUAUAUCGUGUAUGAAAUGUCUGUGUCUGUGUGUGUGUGUAAAUUAAAACAACAAACUGACGAUUUA